GGGGAAGCUUAAUUCAACUUUCUUACAGCAACCGUCACUCUUUAUGCUUUAACUGGUGCUUUAUAUUCACUUUAAUUAACUCAAAGGACAAGAAGAAAAAAAAAUCCAAGAUCACCUUUAAGCAACUUCUAUAACAUAAGCGUCCGAUCUCCUGCACCCUAUAAAAGAUGAUUGAAACACUUGUAACAUGCAAUGCUCAAGAUCUUCUUUGCCAGCUGAACUCACUCUUGGAGCUGGAAGUGAAAUGCCAGCCAAAAGCUUGUGGUUUACGUUUGAUUGAAACUGCCCAUGACAAUGGCCUCCGAAUGACCUCCAAGCUGCGUGACUUUGAAGUGAAAGAUUUGCUUAGCUUAACUCAGUUCUUUGGUUUUAGUACUGAGACCUUCUCUUUAACUGUGAAUCUUUUGGACAGGUUCUUAUCCAAAAUGAAGGUACAACCAAAACAUUUAGGCUGUGUUGGACUUACCUGUUUCUACCUUGCUGUAAAAGCAAUAGAAGAAGAAAGGAAUGUUCCUCUUGCAACAGACCUACUCAGGAUAAGCCAGUAUAAGUUUACUGUUUUUGACAUGAUGCGAAUGGAAAAGAUUGUUCUGGAAAAGUUGGGUUGGAAAGUUAAAGCUACGACAGCCGUAUACCUCUUGAAACUUUAUCAUUCCCUUGUGUUUGACAACCUGACAAGUGAAAGGAAAAAGCUGUUUUCUCCAGAGAGACUUGAAACUCAUCUGAAAGCUUGCCACUGUAGGAUUGGAUUUUCCAAAGCUAAGCCCUCUGUACUGGCAUUAUCAAUUUUGGCACUGGAGAUUCAAGAACAGAAGCUGUUUGAACUAAUGGAUGUAAUGGAGUGUCUGCAGAAUCAUUCCAAUAUUAGCAGCAGAGACCUGCACUGUUGGAAGGAACUGGUAGGCAAAUGCCUUGCUGAAUAUGCCUCCAGUAAAUGUUCUAAGCCAAAUGUUCAAAAGCUCAAGUGGAUUGUGUCAGGACGCACAGCAAGGCAACUGAAGCACAGUUACUACAAGGUAGCACAACUUCCAACAAUUCCAGAAUCUGGCUCCUAAAAGGGUAUCAAAAUCAUCACACCACAUGCUUUUGACAUUAUGUUUAGUAUGAACUGCAAAACUUUCAAGUUGAAUAUAUCCAAGCUGUGACGCCUGAUGAAAACAUGGCAGCUAGUUUUAGUGUUUUGGUUUUUUUUUUUUGUUUUUUUUAUACAAAUGUGAGAGGGAAUUAUUUUAUACACUUCUGGGAAAUAUGCACAGGAGACAGUUAUCAUGAAAUAUCCACAAAAGUGACUUCUGCAGCACUUAUAACAAUUGUCUAGAUAAAGAGAAUGAAGAACAUUUUGCAACAUUGUUUUUUUUUUUAAAUGGAAUUUUAAAGACCUUUGGAGAGCAGAACGUAUGAAAUGCAUAUUGUUGAAAUAGUUUGGGUUUCGAUGAGUGCAUUGCCGGCCUAAUACACUACAAAGAGUUCUUUUUCUCAACAGAUCUGCUGUAUAAUCAGGAUUAGGAGUGGAAUCUUGUGGGUUAUAUUUUUCUGAACACAAAAUGCACUUUAUUUGUCUUAGAAAACAUUUGAAACUGUUUUUAUUGUUGCCUCUAUCCAAGCAAUUGGUAUGAAAGUUAGAUGUAAUUUUAUUGAAAUGGGAAUUAAAAUCAGACUAUAUUUAUUUGAGAAUCAGGGGGACACGCUUGUCUCUUCUAAAGCGUUUCAUGGGCAGAGUUCAAAACUGAUAGCAUCAGUUCAGUAUAAAAUAUGCUUUAACUUCACAAACCUUUUCAGUGGCUUUGUAUGUGUGAGCUUGCGUUUUAAACUAUGUAAAAGGACUUGUGUUGUGUUUUUGAGUCAGACUUAUCCAUUGCAUUUUCAUGAAUAUGGGAUACUGUAUUUAUUUGAAUAAAGUACACAAUCAUCUACCGCAAUGCACAUAUAUUUAUUCUUAGUCUUCUAGGUUAGAAGAUUGUGCACUGAAAGGGGAAAAACUGAAGAGAACAAAAAUAAUAAAUAAAGAUUGUACUAACCUGUCUUUUGAAUUAAGACUUUUUUUUUUUUUUUUUUUUUUUUUUAGCCAUGGCCAUAGGUCUUUUAAAGACAAAAAAACUGGGCAUUUUAGUGAUUAGGUCCUAAAUUCUGCAUUGAAUAUGAAAAGAUAAUUACUGUAGAUGAUCAUGGAUAGCAUGUAUUUUUAUGGCCAAAUCACAAAAUUUGCUGUAUGUUGAUUAAAUACUUGGGUCCUCUCUGGGAUCUAUAAUUUAGUAUAUUUGUGUUAUAUAACCCAAAUCAUUUGUUAGACACAUGCAGAACAAUAUUCAUGGUAUAUCUCUAAAAAGGGAGAUUCACAAAUUAGGUUAGUGCUCCCCAGGAACCAAUUCGAAUUUUGGUUUGAUUAGACUUCAAUGCAGUUAAUUUAUCAUGGCUUAUUGCUGUUUGUUUGGAGUUACUACUGUAAAGUAAACACAUUUGUCCUUCUCCUUUAACUGUCCUAGAAUGUGUAAAUGGCUAAAUGUUGUGUAUGAAAAGUAACAAGAGAAGGAAAGCUAAGCAAUGGUUUGCAAAACUGGGUAUAGCAUUUUGGGCAUACUGUAUAUCCGCCAAAAGGAUAUUUAAAACUAUUUGAAAUACCUUUUAUGUUACAACUAUAAAGAGCCACAUAUGUAAUCAACUUAUGGAUGGAUAUAUGCAUAAUAAUAAAUGGAUAAGCUACAGCUUUUGCUGAAUUCCAGCAGGACAGAAAGCUGGCACAGGCAAUAAGAAUAUUGAACACUGUAUAGGAAUGGUGACAAAAGUGCCUCUAUACAAUGUAUUAAAAUUUGCACCUUUCAAUAAAUGUAUUGAAAUGCUAAAA